AUGGGGGUGUCGGAGGCGGCGACGAGGCCGCGGAGGGGAGCGGCGCGGGCGGUGGCAAGCCCGCGCGGGCAUGGAGGCGGCGAUGAGGCCGCGGAGGGGAGCGGCGUGGGCGGCGGCGGCUGUCGAAGCGGCGACGAUGCAGGCGCGGAGGUGGCGACGAGGCUGCGGAGGGGAGCGGCGCGGGCGGAGGAGAGGCACGGAGGCAGCGAAGAAGAGGAAAGAGGAAGAGAGGAAGAGAGGAAAGAGGAAGAGAGGAGUGAGGAAGAGAGGAGUGAGGAAGAGAGGAGUGAGGAAGAGAGGAAAGAGGAAGAGAGGAAAGAGGAAGAGAGGAAAGAGGAAGAGAGGAAAGAGGAAGAGAGGAAAGAGCAAGAGAGGAAAGAGGAAGAGAGGAAAGAGGAAGAGAGGAAAGAGCAAGAGAGGAAAGAGGAAGAGAGGAAAGAGGAAGAGAGGAAAGAGGAAGCGAGGAAAGAGGAAGAGAGGAGUGAGGAAGAGAGGAGUGAGGAAGAGAGGAAAGAGGAAGAGAGGAAAGAGGAAGAGAGGAAAGAGGAAGAGAGGAAAGAGGAAGAGAGGAAAGAGGAAGAGAGGAAAGAGGAAGAGAGGAAAGAGGAAGAGAGGAAAGAGGAAGAGAGGAAAGAGGAAGAGAGGAAAGAGGAAGAGAGGAAAGAGGAAGAGAGGAAAGAGGAAGAGAGGAAAGAGGAAGCAAGGAAAGAGGAAGAGAUGAAAGAGGAAGAGAGGAAAGAGGAAGAGAGGAAAGAGGGAGAGAGGAAAGAGGAAGAGAGGAAAGAGCUGCAAGACACGAAAUUUGGAGAUGACGGGGGUUUAAUUAAAAUGCACAGAGCACCUAUUUGUGCGCUUGCAACUCCUGUUGCCUCGUCCACUCACCCUGCCUCAUCAACCGUAUCUCCUGGAUCCACCACAUCUGCGGCCCCUGGUGUCUCUACAUUCUCUGCUGCCUCUGCCUCCGCCUCUGGUGUCUCUACUGCCAUCUCACCCCGGGUGGUCAUCUGUCGCCGCCCGCUGCUCCCUCACCAUCUGCACCAUGCCGUUCAUUCAGCCCGAGAGCUGCAGCGGCGCGGUGGGUCACUGCCAAGCAAGGGAGGAACCGCGGUGCUGCAGGGGGUGGGUGUGCAGGCAGGCACGGGGUUGAAUGCGGUGCAGCAGGGUGCGGGGGUGCUAAGGGGGGGUACAUGUGCUGGUGGUGGACAAUGCGGCAGUGAAUCUGCUGGUGGCGCGCCGCACUCUCACUCGCAGUGGCGCCACCGUCGCCACCACUGCCAGCGGGGAGGAGGCGCUGCGGCUAGUCAAGCUCGCUCUGGAGGGCACCGUACACCCCAUGGAACCUGCCUUGGGGGGCAGCGCACAGCCUGCGGAUGGGCAUGUGGAUGUGGUGCUCAUGGACCUGCAGAUGCCCCUCGUGGACGGGUGAGUGGUGGGCGAUGGGACAGGUUUGCAACCACGGAGGCCAUACGGGCACACGAACAAGCCCUGUUUCUUCACUCAGCAUCCCCACCAGAAGCUGCCGCCGGCGCAGCAACAGGAGACACACAACCAGACAUGCAAGACGAGAAGGGCUCUCCACCACCGGAAGGUUCACCAGCGGCCACUGUUACCGAGCCGGAUUCGAAGCUAGAUGCUGGUUUGGAUUCCAAGCCUGCCGCCGCGCCUACUGCUGAGCCUGCCUCUGCAAACAAUUCAUCCGAUUGUAAAUCAAACGACACCCCCCGCCCAUGGGUCUGCCCCUGCAAUUCCUCCUUCAACCCCUCGCCCACCCCACCACCUGACAAAUCCAUCCCUGCCGCUAUAGACCUCUUCUAUACGGGCGAUCCGGCCUCCGCCAUGGCCUCCUUGCAUCAUUCUGGUCAACUCGUCCCUCUGCACUCUUGGCGAAAGACCAAUCUCAAGCUCGCCACUUCUACUGUUCGCGCGUGUCAGAAUACCAAGUCCGCAUUUCCAAUCUUCGCUUCCACAGCGGCUGUCCCGUUGACCCCUCCUCCCUCCAAUUCGUCGAAUCUCGGCUCCACGUUGCAAUUCCAGCACGAAUCCACCACGCCCAUUGUCCAUUCCAAUGAGCCGGUACCCCCAAUGGGGCUCUUUCACCGCGAUCCGCAGCAUUGGCGGGAGAUCAUGCUACGGGAGCGGCACCACGAGGACGAGUUGUCCAUCGUCUUGGGAUUGGAUUUUGGCGGGACGGGAAUCAAGGGAGCGCCGGUGGACGUGGCGACGGGAACGCUGCUGCUGGAGCGGUACCGAAUCCCCACGCCCAAUCCCGCCACGCCUCAGGCCGUCGCUGACGUCAUCAGGCAGAUCAAGGACCACUUCCGAUGGGAUGGACCAAUCGGAAUUGGCGUUCCGUCUGUCGUCCGACGUGGCAUCGUCCGCAGUGCUGCGAACAUCGACAAGUCCUGGAUCAACAUCAACGCCGUCGAUCUCGUCCAACGCGCCACGGGCUGCCAGGUGGCAGCAAUCAACGACGCAGAUGCAGCAGGAUUCGCCGAGAUGAGGUUUGGCGCCGGCCGACCCUUGCAGCGGGAAGGCACGGUCCUGAUGACCACGUUCGGCACGGGGAUAGGCACGGCACUGUUCGUGGGCGGGCAUCUGGUGCCGAACCUAGAGAUGGGGCACAUAGAAGUGAACGGGGAAAUUGCCGAGAAGGUGGCCUCAGGAGCAGUGAAGGAGAAGUUGGAGAUGAGCUGGAAGAAGUGGGCUGGGCGGGUGAACGAGUACCUGGCUCGCAUGGAGCAUUACCUCCAGCCGGAUCUAAUUGUGAUUGGUGGAGGCAUCAGCAAGAAAGAUGAGAAGUUCCUACAUCUGCUGUCAGUGCCUGGGGGAACGCCCAUAGUGGCGGCGGAGAUGCGCAACGAGGCGGGCAUUGUGGGGGCGGCUGUGGGUGGCUCCAUCCUGCUGGGGGAGCAGCGCGCUGCCAGGGAAGCUGCCAGGAUUACACCCACUCUUCUCAGCUGA